AUUUCACGUUUCAUUCCAAGACGUAGGAGGAAAAUCCUUGAUCAAUCAAUCGUGAACACGGGAACUCGGACUCUCAGCAUCACGAUGACCGACCUGACGUUUUGUUACAUUCACAUGACUGAGCAUGAUCUGAAAGUCCUCGAUACUAUCGACAGUCCAGAAUAUAUCUCCGGAGAGCUGUCCGAUGAUGAACUUGACAUACCAGCACACAUGAUUCCACCGAAUCCAGAUGAUUCUGACAUACUGCCUUCUCAGGUGCAUCCUUCAUAUCCCUAUGGGAAUCCAACAAAUAUAAAGCAUCCAGCCGCAAGACCGAGACCACCAUAUGACCCAACUUCUCGGGCGUUAUUCGAAGAUAUGGGCUAUGGCGGAGGUGGCGUGAAUGGCUCUUUACGCUGGAGAGACCUUGCUUUGGACCGAUUGUUGCCCGUCAACGAAGAUAAAGAAGAAAUGAGGAGAGCAGCCGAGGCAAGAAAGAUGGCCAAUGGUGCCACGAGCCAAACACAACAGCAGCAGCAACAACCGCCACCCCAGCCAGAUGCUGGUGAUCAAACUAUUGACGAAGAGGACGAGGAAGAAGAAGAGGACAGUGCAGAGCAUGAUGAGAACGAUGUUGAUGAAGAUAAUUUGGACGAUGACGAUGAGGAUAUGUAACUACGUAGACAC